GGGGCGGGUCCUGCAGCGCGUGCUGAGUUGGCGGUGAUGCAGCACCCGCGGGUGGUGAACGCGGCGUACUUCAGUCCCCACACGGGUCGCCGCAUCCUGACCACCUGCCAGGACAACCGCCUGCGCGUGUGGGACUACGUGCCGUACGGCUGCAACGGCCCGCCGGACCGGGAGGUCGUACACUCCCACGACUUCAACCGCUACCUGACGCCCUUCAAGGCGGAGUGGGACCCCAAGGACCCCACGGAGGCGGUGUUUGUGAUCGGCAGGUACAUUUCCGAGGACUUUGGCGGAGUGGCGCUCCACCCGGUGGACAUCCUGUCGGCUGCAGAUGGGGGGCUGCUGCGGCAGCUCACGGACGCCAACCUCACCACCAUCUCACCCGUCAACAAGCCACACCCCAGGAGACCGCUCAUCGUCACGGGCAGCAGUCGCUCGCUGUACCUCUGGGCGCCCGUCGAGGAGGAGGAGGAGGACGAGCGGGAGGAGCAGCAGCAGGACGAGAGGGAGGGGCGCAACAACGGUAGAGCGGCAAC